AUGGCAGAACCUACUGGUUCGGACCCGUCUAUGAUUGUCCAAGAGUCCUCUCAGGAUGUAUCCAGCUCAAGCUCUCAGGAGGAAUCCUCUUAUGAUGAUCUACCGAAAGCUGAGGAACAUGUGAGUAAACCAAGUCACCAUAUGACUGAAAGACUACAAGAUCACCUUGCUGACAUGCUGGAAGCUUCCCCUCUCCCUGUCGGUCCGAAGAAGCCUACUAAGGGCUCCAAGACCUCUAGGAAGAGGGGCGUCCUUGGUCCGCUAAGGCGCGCUGAAGUUAGGCGUUUUGUUGCGGUUAAUAAGUUAUGCUAUAUUGGCUUACUUGAGACUAAAGUUCCCGAAGAGAAUUUUGAAUCUAUCUCCUUCACCCUCAUCAGGGGUUGGAGUUGGGUUGCGAACUAUAGUUGCUCCCCCCGUGGGAGGAUUUGGGUUGGGUGGAACCCGGAGCUUGUCUCUUUCCUUUCGAUUUCUAUCACUAAUCAAGCAAUUCAUGGGUGUCUUAAGUGUAAUGAUUCUGGUAUUACUUGUUUGGUUUCUGCUAUAUAUGGAGAGCACACUUUUGUCCGCCGUAGGCCGCUCUGGGCAGACUUGCAACAUUAUAAUGAGAUAUUUCAAGAUACGGCGUGGGUGGUUGGAGGCGAUUUUAAUGCAAUUAAGGACCCUUCCGACCGUGUUGGUAGCUCCACCAACUGGAUCCCCUGCUUUGAUGAAUUUGCUCAAUGUUUGGAGCAGACUGACUUGGCGGACCUCAGAUUUGUUGGCCUUCGAUAUACGUGGUCUACAUCGGCGGCGGGGAAUUCCAGAAAGAUGAGAAAGAUUGAUCGUGUGUUGGUAAAUAGCAAGUGGAAUGAGGACUUCUCCUUCUCUGAGGCGACGUUCCGUAGUCCGGGCAUAUCUGACCAUUCACCGGCCGUCGUUAAAGUUAUUCAUCCGCCUCGCACUUUGAAGCCUUUCAAAUACUUCCAUUUCUGGGAGGACCACCCUGAUUUCAAAUCCAUUGUCUCACAAGCUUGGAGCACAUCGGUGUUUGGAGUUCCUAUGUUUCAAUUAGUCUCUAAACUCAAGUUCGUGAAAGCCCGUCUUAAGCUUCUAAACCGAGAAGAGUUUUCUGAGAUCUCGGGGAGAGUUUCAGAGGCAAGAGAGAACCUUAGUUCCAUUCAGACUGACCUUCAAGCUGACCCGUUGAAUCUCCAUCUUGCUGAAAAGGAGAUGACGUUCUCUAAACCGUCGUGUGAAGAGUUAAAGAGUUACAUCCGUCGCCCUCUCAACGGAGAGCAGAUUGCUGCCCGCAAUGUUCCGGUUUUUUCGGAUGACGAGAUCAAGUCCAUGGUAUUCUCAUUAGCGAAGGAAAAAGCCCCUGGGCCCGAGACGGGUUCUCUCGUGGAAUUCUUCAAAUCUAAUUGGGAAAUCGUUGGUCCCUUGGUCUUAUUGGCUGUUCGGGAUUUCUUCCAAUUCGGGAGGAUGCUCAAAGAGGUAAACGCGACAAUCCUUACUCUUGUGCCCAAGAUUUCCAAUGCUAGUGCUGUUUCGGAUUUCAGGACGAUCGCGUGCUGCAAUACCAUUUAUAAAGUUAUUACUAAGAUCCUAGCUAAUCGUAUAGCGGGUGUGUUAAAUGAUGUUGUGAGUCGUUCUCAAAACGCAUUUGUUAAGGGAAGGAGAAUUAGAGAUAACAUUCUCAUUGCCCAAGAGCUUUUUGCGGGUUUUCAUCUUCAUCCGUAUCUCCCCAAGUGUGCGGUGAAGGUAGACUUUCACAAAGCUUAUGACACUGUUGAUUGGGAUUUUUUGGAAAAGGUUCUCCUUGCUUUCGAGUUCCCGGUUGGGCUUACCAGACUAGUGAUGGCUUGUGUUCGGUCUCCAUCAUACUCUAUAGCCAUUAACGGUGAACUUCAUGGUUUCUUUCGCGGAGGACGUGGUCUCAGACAGGGAGAUCCCAUGUCUCCUUAUUUGUUUACUUUAGUUAUGGAAGUAUUCUCCGGAGUGUUGAUAUCCCGCACGGCCAGCCAGGACUUUAAAUACUUCUGA